ACACGCACAGCACGACACAUUCUCUGUCUCUCGGCUAUCUUCUUCUCUCUCACUCCUCUCCUCCGUAACAGACUCUCUCUCUCUCUCCUUCUGCCAUUUGUAACAGUUUUGCUAAAUCUAGAGAUCCUCCUCUACAAUACACCAAAGCAAAGUUCACGCUGUCCGUGUUUUCAGGAUCGAUUGCUCUUUUAAGUUUGUUUACACUGAACAUUUCUCCUGCUGCAUAUUUGCUUUAUUUAGUGAAGAUUCAUCGCCAAAGUUAGGCUUCGAUUCUACAACACAUCUUCACACACACACACACACACGCAGAGAUAGAUAGAUAUAAAUAGGUUGCUGUGGGAAUGAGGUUGAACGAGGAAAUUGGCUGCAAGGAGGAGGAGAUUGAAGAAGAAGAAGAAGAAGGGAUGGUGGCGCAGAAGUACUCGAUCGGAGUCGGAGGCGGAGGAGGAGGAGGGUUUCCACAACCGAUGAAAGUGGUUGUCGUUGGUUAUGCUCUUACCUCCAAGAAGACUAAGAGCUUUUUGCAGCCCAAGCUUGAAGGUUUGGCUAGGAAUAAGGGGAUAUUGUUUGUUGCUAUUGACCAAAACAGGCCCCUUUCAGACCAAGGUCCUUUUGACAUUGUUUUGCAUAAGUUAACGGGAAAGGAGUGGCGGCAGAUUCUUGAGGAUUACCGAAGAGCACAUCCAGAAGUUACAGUUCUUGAUCCACCAGAUGCCAUACAGCAUGUACACAAUCGCCAGUCCAUGCUUCAGGAUGUUGCUGAUCUAAAUUUGUGUGAUGCAUAUGGUACUGUUGGUGUUCCGAGGCAGUUAGUUAUCAAAAAAGACCCAUCAUCUAUCCCUGAUGCAGUUAACAGAGCUGGAUUGAUGCUACCUCUUGUUGCAAAGCCUUUGGUUGUCGAUGGAAGUGCAAAGUCACAUGAAUUGUCACUAGCAUAUGAUCAAUACUCCCUCCAGAUACUUGAACCUCCACUUGUUCUACAGGAGUUUGUUAACCAUGGAGGUGUUCUCUUCAAGGUUUACAUCGUUGGGGAAGCUAUUAAGGUUGUCAGGCGCUUCUCUUUACCUGAUGUUAGUAAACGUGAGCUAUCAACAAAUACUGGGGUAUUCCGCUUUCCAAGGGUUUCUUGUGCUGCAGCAUCUGCUGAUGAUGCAGAUCUGGACCCCAUGGUUGCUGAGCUUCCUCCACGACCUUUGCUUGAGAGACUUGCCAGGGAACUUCGUCGGCGACUGGGCCUUCGGCUAUUCAACUUGGAUAUUAUUAGAGAGCAUGGGACCCAAGACCGUUUCUAUGUCAUCGACAUCAAUUAUUUCCCUGGGUAUGGGAAAAUGCCAGGAUAUGAGCACAUAUUUACAGAUUUCCUCCUGAACCUGGUGCAAAGCAAGUACAAUAAACGCUCCACUAAACCUGUUGAAGAGCCUCUGCGAUAGAAAAAGAGGCAUGCUAACUUAGUAAUAUAUCAUAUAUGAUACAUCAUGCUGACAAGUACAUGCAGGAAAGCAUCUAGCUCAUAUUUGGAAUGUAUAGUCACGCAGUUCCUGCAUCUACUCCUAGCAAUCGUAGUGGAUGUGGAUGCAAAUGUGCACCAAGUCAAUGUCCAUCGCUCGCUACUAUUGGUUUCAUUAGCUGGCUGUUUCUCCAGAAUCAUCACCCAUCCUUGAACAGUUCCUAGUCAAUAACUUUUGCUCCUAGUCUCGUGUUUUUUAUUCUGAAUUUGUUUGUCAAUUUUUUGCUUUGUUUGUGGUUUUCCUGUCGUGUUUGUUGUGAAUUCACACAACCCCAUUGUGCUGCAGAGAUUUCAUUGCGACUUGUAAUGCAUGGGAGUGCAAGACGCCUUGUACAUUCAUUAGAGCUUAGCAGCAACCAUUAUACAUAUUUUUGCAAUCUGGAUGGUGUCACUGCCUAUGGUUUGUUACUACUUGAAUUAAAAGGAUGUUUUAUGGUGGUGCAA